UGUCAAUCAUAAAACAGAGACACGGAGAGGAUGGGACUCAGGUUCUACUCUUUCGUGUCGCGGGUCAGCACACUCCUCGCUGUGACGCUUUCGCCGUUGCUCUUCCCGCUAAGCCUGCUUUUUCGGCUGCAGCUUCUGUCUGCGGGACGAGAAGUUUCUGGGUACCUGAACGCGGACAAUUCUGAGGCUGUGCUGCAGAUUUUCUAUGACGAC